CUUUUCCCAAGUAGAAUUCUAAUCUCAUCAAUCUUUUUGUAUCCUUUCACUCUUUGAGUUUUCAUUAAUUCAUCCAAACAACCAUUUAUUGCUCUUCAAACCCUUUUGGUCUCUCUUAUUUUACUAUCUGAACAGAAGACUUUUUAAGCCUUAAUUUGUUUAGACACCAAGAAAGAGAUAUGGUGGAAAGCAGAGGAAAUCCUUUGCAACUCAAAUCCUUGAAUCACAUUUCAAUAGUUUGUAGAUCAGUGAAGAAAUCCCUUCAUUUUUACAAGUCUGUUCUUGGGUUUUUCCCAAUUAGAAGACCCGAUUCCUUUAACUUUGAUGGUGCAUGGCUAUUCAACUAUGGCAUUGGGAUACAUCUACUCCAAUCUGACGAUCCUGACAACAUGCCCAAGAUUACUGGGAUCAACCCCAAGCACAACCACAUAUCUUUCCAAUGUGAGAGCAUGUCAACAGUAGAAAACAAGCUUGAAGAAAUGGAUAUUAAGUAUGAGAAAAGGAGAGUAGAAGAAGGAGGUAUCUUUGUUGACCAACUUUUCUUCCAUGACCCAGAUGGACUAAUGAUUGAGAUUUGCAACUGUGACAAUCUUCCAGUGAUUCCAUUAACAGAAGAGUCAGUCCAAUCAUGUUCAAGAAUCAGCUGCAAUGUAAAUCAAAUGCAACAACAACAACAACAACCAGUCAAAAUAAGCCUUUGAACAACAUUAUUUGUUUGUGCCAUUGUUUUAGCUUUUAUCUCACUUCUCAUUUUUUUGGAUGUACCAAUUGAGUUUCUCAUGUUAAUCUUUCUGGAUUAGCUCUCCUUGUAAACUGGAUAUAUCUAUUUUUGUUUUCAUUUUUUGUUCUCGGUCUUUAAUUUUGUUAAUGAAUUACAUUCUAAAAGAUUAUGAAUUUCUACUAUUCUAGUA